GCGGUUACCUCCCUUAUUCAAAGAUGGCGACUUCCAUACGGAACCGUGUGUGAAUGGUUGUGUUUCUUAUUUCAGUCAUGACAACUUUCCCGAUUAAAAAGAAAAAACGCAUGUUCCUAUAACUCACUUCCAGAGUUCAUGCAUGAGGCUGAGAGGUCUCUUCUCGAUAGUUGGUCCACAUUUGCUAUCAACUUUUAGUUUUACGAAAAUAGGCAACAGUUUGUACAACGUUCAAAGAACGGGUGUCCUAAGACUAUCCGGCGCCAGAGGAUUAACACAGGAGUCGAAUAGGAAACAAGAAAUGAAUGCCGGGGACACAGGGGGCCAUUCCGCUUCAGAGCGAGAUGGUCACCGACACCAUCACGGUCGAGAUAAGAAUAAAAAGUAUAAAUUCCAAGACCCGAACCACUCGCUUGAAGAAUACAAAGCGACACUGUCGAAAAGAGGAUUGAAGAAGUUUGAAAGAAUGGAGAGAUGGAAGAAACAUGAUAAGAAGAAGCCAAAGUCUAAAAAGCCUAAUGCCCCCGAACCAGGGUUUGCAGCCGAUCUGUAUGAAGAAACUGACUACUACUACGAGAAUGGUUUGAGGAAAGUAUACCCCUACUAUUACACGUUCACCUCGUACGUGAAGCAGCGCUGGCUGGGUAGGUCAAUCCUGGAUGUCAUCAAGUCAGAGUUCAAGGCUUAUUCAGAAGAGGAUUAUAUCAAUGCAAUUAGCAGUGGUAACCUGACUGUCAAUGGAAAAAAGGUACAAGGGGAUCACAUUCUACGAGACAGUGAACUAAUAGCACAUAAGGUCCACAGACACGAGAACCCUGUUGUGGGCUGUCCUAUCGAGGUAAUUGCAGAAAAUGAUGACUUGAUCGUCAUAAACAAGCCGUCCUCCAUUCCAUGCCACCCUUGUGGCAAGUACAGACACAACUCGGUCGUCUUUAUCCUGGGCCAGCAGCUGGGGUGCUCUAACUUGAGGAACAUCUACCGGCUGGACAGACUGACCUCUGGUGUGCUCAUAAUGGGGAAGACAACGCAGAAGACGAAGGUGUUGGAGGACCAGGUAUUGAAGAGAGAAGUACAGAAGGAAUAUGUCUGUCGAGUGGUUGGCAAGUUUCCUGAUGGGAAGAUUGAGUGCCGAGAGCCAAUCGGUGUCAUCUCCCAGAAGCUGGGGCUGUUCCGAGUCAGACCCGAUGGCAAGGCGUGUCACACAACAUUUGAGAGGCUCAGUUACAAUGGCACAUCCAGUGUGGUCAGAUGUCAGCCUCACACUGGGCGGACCCAUCAGAUCAGAGUACACCUACAGUUCGAAGGUCAUCCUAUCAUAAAUGAUCCAUUCUACAACAGCGAGGCCUGGGGCCCGAACAAGAACAAGGGAGGGGUGAUGGAGCGAACAGAUCAGGAGGUAUCUGAUAGAAUGCUGGAGCUACACAACAUAGGCCACUGGACAGAUGGUGCAAACCCUCUUUUUGACGAGAGACUAAAGGAAUUAGCUGAAGCGGCAAAACUUGAAGGAGGGACGGUCGACUGUAGUGACACCGGCAAGUCAGGUACAGAAGGGGCAGGUUGUAGUGGUAUAGGAGAUGCAGCCAGUAAUCAGACUGAUGAGAGACAGGCUGUGAGUGGACUCGGUGAGGAACCACCAGUCAAGAGACCAAGAACUGAUGAGAACCCUUGUCCUGACAUCCCACCCUUUGACAGGGAGAAGUGGAUCCCAGAUGCAAGUUGUUCUAGUUGUCGGCUGAAGUACGUUGACCCCAGGAAGGAGGAGCUGGUCAUGUACCUGCAUGCUCUCAAGUACUCUGGCCCUGACUGGGAAUACAGCACACCACUACCAGGCUGGGCUAGAGAUGACUGGCAGGACCACUGAUACCUUCGAUGUUAGGCUGAUGAUCUGGAUGUGAUGUGUCCAUGUUCCAGGGCCCUGACUGGGAAUACAGCACACCACUACCAGACUGGGCCAGAGAUGACUGGCAGGACCACUGAUACCUUCGAUGUUAGGCUGAUGAUCUGGAUGUGAUGUGUCCAUGUGUCUGAUGUCAGAUAGACCUGGUGUGUGUGCAUCUCCUGUGUCUGAUGUCAGAUGGAGUGGUGUGUGUGCAUCUCCUGUGUCUGAUGUCAGAUGGAGUGGUGUGUGUGCAUCUCCUGUGUCUGAUGUCAGAUGGAGUGGUGUGUGUGCAUCUCCUGUGUCUGAUGUCAGAUGGAGUGGUGCGUGUGCAUCUCCUGUGUCUGAUGUCAGAUGGGGUGGUGUGUGUGCAUCUCCUGUGUCUGAUGUCAGAUGGAGUGGUGUGUGUGCAUCUCCUGUGUCUGAUGUCAGAUGGAGUGGUGCGUGUGCAUCUCCUGUGUCUGAUGUCAGAUGGGGUGGUGUGUGUGCAUCUCCUGUGUCUGAUGUCAGAUGGAGUGGUGUGUGUACAUCUACAUGUGUCUGAUGUCAGAUGGAGUGGUGUGUGUGCAUCUCCUGUGUCUGAUGUCAGAUGGAGUGGUGUGUGUGCAUCUACAUGUGUCUGAUGUCAGAUAGACCUGGUGUGUGUGCAUCUCCUGUGUCUGAUGUCAGAUGGAGCGGUGUGUGUGCAUCUCCUGUGUCUGAUGUCAGAUGGGGUGGUGUGUGUGCAUCUCCUGUGUCUGAUGUCAGAUGGAGUGGUGUGUGUGCAUCUACAUGUGUCUGAUGUCAGAUGGGGUGGUGUGUGCAUCUCCUGUGUCUGAUGUCAGAUGGAGCGGUGUGUGUGCAUCUCCUGUGUCUGAUGUCAGAUGGGGUGGUGUGUGUGCAUCUACAUGUGUCUGAUGUCAGAUGGGGUGGUGUGUGCAUCUCCUGUGUCUGAUGUCAGAUGGGGUGGUGUGUGUGCAUCUCCUGUGUCUGAUGUCAGAUGGGGUGGUGUGUGUGCAUCUACAUGUGUCUGAUGUCAGAUGGAGUGGUGUGUGUACAUCUUCAUGUGUCUGUUGAAAUGCAUCCACUGAUCCACUGUCAAUGAGAAGCCCACUGUAUUUUUAAUAUGUGUAUUUUUAUGGAAAUGAAAGGACGGAAUUACAAAA